AUGCCUGAGGAAGCAUACGGCGAAUCACAGCACAAUAACAGCCUCGUUUUCGCCACUGAGUACGAGGAGGACAAUGGGCCCAAGGCAAGCUCAGAUGAUGUAAUUCCAGGUACCAACGAUACGGCCACUCAAGCUGACAGGAGCACCGAUCUAUCGAAAGAGGUCCAGACGAGUCCCCUCUUUGGGACCCUCAAAUCAUAUUCCCAGCAGUCUCAGGAUGAAUCACAUUCUCCAAUACGAUACCUACAAAGCAUGCCCAAUAUCGAAUCCACGCCACAGCAUAGUACGCCGAGUUUACUACAUCGAAGUGCCAGUGAUAGUUAUGCCAAAGACACACAAGUUAUUGGAAGUGAACAUAUCCAGACGCCGAACGAGAAGGCUCCUGUCGAGCUAGGUGAUACUCAAGUGAUUGGGCAUCAGGUCGAUCUCGGUGAUACCCAAGUAAUCAGGCCAACCGUGAAUGGCCACACAGACGAUACACAACGAAUUGCUCCUAUUCCUCUGGACGACGCCACCCAGGUCAUAGGUAGGAGAAACUCAGUUUGGGAAAGCACACAGCCAAUCACACAGGUGGUGGGCGGCUACGCCAGCACCCAAGUUACGAGUUCUCCUAGGGCCAAUUAUUCAGAAUACACCGAAGAACACACUACUACCAUGGUGCUUUCGCCAGUGCAGAGAGAGCAGGAGCCUACUACUCAGGUGUUGAACACGCAGGAGGAGGUGUUUCUGCCUGGAAAAGAACCAGUUGAUCUAAGUUGCAAGCCCGUGCUUCUGAGUAGUCAGAAAGAUAACGACGGUAUUCUGCUGCAGCGGGAACACGAUCUAAGCAUCAUCAGCAAUGAUGAUAAGGACGAGCAUUUCAACGGCAUUUUCUAUGAGGACAGUCUUUUCAAACACAAGCUUAAGAAGACUCAAGCAGACGAACUGGAGGAGAGAAGAAGACAUUUGCUGAUACCGAGAAAAACAUCUUGGAGCCAAUCAUCCUCCCAAACCCCUGCUGGGAGCAGUCUCACGGUCAGGAAAACAUGGAGCCAGUCCUCAUCUGACCUUGAAGAUAUCUCCCAGGAUGUAAGUGGUCUUGAUUUGGACAUUCUCCGACAAAAGCUGUCAGAAGAUAUUCCGAUGCUGCCGGAGGUUGACGAGAGCCGCGAGCAUAUUAAUCUACCCAAGAAAAGGAGAAUCAACCAUAUAGCAGGCUCUCAAUCUCAAACGGCGGAGCUUGAUGCUAUCACAGAAGAGAACCUGGCAACACUUGCAGUUGAACAUCUCGAGAACGAUCGAGGCGUGUGGGCUUAUUUCCAAUUCAGAUACUACCCAGCAAGAGUGCUUCGGCCGAUUGACUCGCUUCACACCCUUGUUGAGUUUUAUGACUGGUGCCAAAAGGAAAUGAAGAAUACAGACCUCUUUGUCCUCGACGUGAGAAUCGGCGAUAAUCUAAGGACGUUCAUGGCCCCCUCCGAAUAUGUCGUCACGAGAAUGACUAUAACGGACGAGGCAGCUUUCAGAUGUGUGCGUGGCUUUGACACACUUCACUUAUCGAAGAAAGGAAAACACAAUGUGGCCAGCGAACUCACAGUAAGCUUGUCCACUUGUUAUAUGGAACCUGAUGAUUGGGCAAUGCAUCAGCUGCGAUUUCAGUUAUUGUACGAGGGCGUCGAUCUAGUACAGCGAGACUACGGUGCCAUACAGCCUUUACUUCAGCUGCUGGACUCAUCACAGAAAACAGAAAACUCUGAGCCAGUUUUUGAGCCGAAGACCAAAAGCCCACGCAAAGCCAAACCAGAGCGAAGCGAAUCGUAUAGGCUUACACCUAUUUUCGGUGGCCGUGUGUUCUUCAUCACGUCUAUGGCUCCAGAACGCAAAACUACUUUGAAGAAAAUAAUAGAAGAUCGAGGAGGGAUAGUCUACGAUUCAGAAAUCAGAGAUCUUGUUUCUUAUGAAGUAUGCAGCUCAUACCAUCUCCGAAUCAAGCUGCAGAAAUUUCUUGGUAUUAGCUUUGGGGCAUUUCUCUCCGAUGGACACUCAAGAAGUGCCAAAUACCUUCAAGCCUUGGCACUUGGCUGGCCGAUUUUGGCAGACAAUUUCAUUGAACAAGCCAUCGAGGAUCAGGAUAUUCUUGAAAAUUGGCUGGCUUUCCUUCUACCGGCAGGUCAAUCCUUCUACACAAAAAAUCUAAAGAGUCAAGAUGUUUUCCGCUUUCGACUGAAUCUCGAAAACGGUGUUGGUCUUAAUGACCAGUUUAACAAUAACUCGGACCUAAUGGCAACUUUGAAUGUUUUAAUUUUUCAGAAAAGACAAGACAAACAGACACUUCGAAUGUGUGAAUUCAUCUUUCAUGCUUUUGGGGCUCAAACCCUACAGGCGUUCAAUAAUGAAACCCACCUCAAAUCCCACAUCGCUGAAAAUAAGGACAUGAGUUUCUUGGUGCUUGAUAACAGUAAUCGGGAGAUCGAAAAAGCAUUCAAAACAAAUAAUCCUGCUGGGCUGGCGAAGUUUGGAAUUAUUGAUUGGGAAUGGGUGGUUCAGUGUACUAUAAGCGGAUUCGUCUGGCGGCCAACAGCCUACGGAUUUGUGAGUUUAUAA